ACACUCGCGCAACGGCGGGGUGAAGCAAGUACUACGUGCGCAGGACAGCGCAGGGUGACAGACGAAUAGAAAGUGUAGCGGUGGGUGUGGGAACAAGAGCUUGAGAGAGAGUACGGCGUUGAAUACAGCGGCGGCGUUACGGAAAGCGAGAAAGCGCGAGACGGUGUUCAGGCACCGGCGCGUCGUCUGCUCCGGACGCUGCGCUCGUUGUCGUCUGCUGCUGCGCGGCGUGGGCCAGCCGGAGGGCCCGGGAGGCGCAUGGUUCUGACUUUGGUGCGUGACGCGCAAAGUGUCUUUUCUUUUUUUUGUCGCCGCAAGUGAGGCUCACGGUCGACGCCUGCGCGCGCCGAUCGGAGCGAUUGUUGUGCCAAUUUUGUGAAUCGUCAAAGCGUUUUCUGGAAAAAAACGUUUUCCGAUUGCCCUCGGCGUUGUCUCCGAAGUGGUCUCUCAGAAUAGAGUCAUAAACAAGGCUGUUACUCGGCGAAGUUUGGAGUUGCGAGGCCUACAGAGAGAAAGAAACGACGUAAAAGUUGGCGGAAGUGGUACUUGAGCGCCGUCGGUGGACCCAGUGAAAGUCCCGGGGAGAAGAACUUUUCCUCGGAUUCGUCGAACAGUCGCCGAGCCUGGUGGGCGACGUGCACGCUGAUUCGGCGCUGAGCACGUCCAAGCUGGGCAGGCAGUACGUGGCCCUCGACUCGGACUGCAUGAGUGUCAAGAGCGAGCACAACCUCACCAAUGCGCUCAUACAGAACAACUGUCGCGCUCCCAUGGCGAGCCUGGAGUGCCUGGACGAGGGGACACUGUCCAGCGGCAGCUCCGUGCUGGCCAGCCAACCACCCACCAGACAGGUGUCCAUGUUUGCGCCACCGGCCGUCCGAUACAGAAACCUUGGGAAAUCAGGACUACGCAUAUCAAACGUCGGUUUAGGAACCUGGGUGACCUUCGGCUCACUAAUAUCAGAUGAGGUUGCGGAAGACAUCGUAACAGCUGCCUUCGACAACGGGAUCAACGUCUUCGACACGGCCGACAUUUACGCCGGAGGAAAGGCCGAGGUGGCUCUUGGCAAGGUGCUCAAGAAGAAGCGCUGGAGACGAUCUUCAUUCGUAGUCACAACAAAGUUGUUCUGGGCGACGAAGGGCGAUUCCGAACGAGGGCUGUCUAGGAAAGCCAUCAUUGAAGGUCUUCAGGCGUCGCUGGAGCGGCUACAGCUGAGCUAUGUAGACAUAGUGUUAAUCAACAAAGUCGACUCCAUGUGUCCCAUGGAAGAGAUAGUCCGGACGUGCACGUACUGCAUUAACCAGGGAAUGGCCAUGUACUGGGGCACGUCACGAUGGAGCACCGUAGAAAUAAUGGAAGCGUACACAGUGGCGAGGCAGUGCCACCUGGUGCCCCCCGUCGCGGAACAGACCGAGUACCACAUGUUCCACAGGGACAAGGUGGAACUGCAGCUACCAGAGUUGUGUCAGAAGAUCGGAAUCGGCACAAUGUCGUGGUCGCCGCAGGCUUUCGGCGUUCUGACGGGAAAGUUUGACGAAGGCGUCAACCUACUCUCAAGGGGCUCGUUCAGGCAAUACGUUUCCGCCGUGACGGACAAGGUGGACCGUCCGGAGAAGCACUCCAAGCUGCAGGAGCUCUCGUACAUCGCCGAUAGGCUCGGCUGCAGCUGUAAUCAGCUCACCAUCGCGUGGUGCCUGAAGAGCGAGCACGUGCACACCGUACUUGUGGGCGCCUCCUCGGUGGACCAGCUGUACGACCACCUGGGCGCAUUGCAGGUGGUUCCCAAGCUGACGUCGACCGUGAUGGGCGAGAUCGAGAAGGUGCUGGACAACCGGCCCCGGCCGGUGCCCCCGCCCAGGUGACAAUUGCAGGAGCCCUGGCUGGGCCCCAGAGCACCGAUACCCGACAGCCCCGGCUCGCAGCAGCCGCUGCCGCAGCAACAACAGCACAUCGCGCUCGACCUGGACGACCCGGGCCCGGCCGAAGACGGAGGCCGCGUGCAGCGCUUCUUCGCAAGCGUCGCGCACGCCUGUGUUAUCCAGUAGCGCUUUAUACGCACAUAACACGGACCCGCGUUGCGCGCCCGCGGGCGUUUCUCUUGUCCUUCCGUGCGCGGUCAGGUGACCAUACCUGUCGACGCGAAACCUUGAAGCGAGCUGUUUGGUGAACUAUACCGUGUUACAGUCUGCGCUAUAGCGGUGACGCUUCACCGUCCAGGUGCGGCUUCUGUCGCGUUCGCUGUCCAGUUAUUUGUCACCGAUAUCGAAAAAAAAGAACGAAUGCAAGGGCCAUACCUGUGAUCCGGUUGUGCACCACGUUGCAGCAAACCGUUCCACGAACUUCCGAUUGACGGACCCACACGCGCCCUCUGAUUCAAUGACGUACGCAAUGCAGUCAAACCUCGUUAUAACGAAACGGGAUAUAACGAAAUAAUGGAUAUAACGAAGUAAUUCUCGCCCCCCCCCCCUUCAGCUUCGUUAUAACAAGAUUCUACUGUACAUGUUCUGAUUGCUUUUUACCGAGGAAAAAAAUCGUAAGGGAGACAUGCCCAUCUCGCUUACAAUAAACGGAAGCGACUACUCAGAUACCGAUAACACCACCUGUGCUUUUCAUUGGCAUCCAGCGCGCAAACGGAUGAAGGCGGGAAGAACAUAGGACGAGCACCGUCUGUGUUUCUUGGGCCCUCAGCGGCCGAUCGAGUCGCAGGUUGUCUCUUUGUACGCUUCUGCUAAUCCGCCGUUGCGAAUAGAAUCUAAAGUCAGAAGACAUGCUUCUCAUAUCCACUGUGAAUGCUUGCCGUAGCUGAAUUGGACAAGGCCACUUACCAAGCAGCGAAGUAGGUCCACCGUGGCCGCAUUUACAAAUUGUUUUCAAGAGCCUUGGCAUGAUUAAUAUGUUAUAGCGUGUCUCUGCUGAAAAGCGCAGCUUUUAAUCCUUUUACUCCUUAUGCAAAGAUGGAUGCCACACAGGUUAAUUCAUGAACAAACCUGCAGUGAGCUACUUAUUGACUCUCUUUUUACCAAUUCAGUCUUAACACAUCUGCGUCAGAUUUAAACCCUGUCACUGCUGUUAAGCUUGUUUGUUUUUCCCGACGCUUCACUCUAUCAUCUUUUCGUUCGUACCUAAUCCUUUUGAUCGAAACUUUAACUCUCUUUUUUCAGGUAAAAAAAGUGUCUUGCCACCUUUUCUUAGCUCGAUAUAUUCAGGUUUGGACGUUCUGUAAACUUCUUACACGACAAAAUUCCUUAAAGUGUGCGUGUAAGACGCGAAGUAGCCACAUAAUUGUCUACAAAUGUUCGUACGCAGAACAACAGCUCCGCGUAAUUUGGAGGUCGAAAAGACCGUGCGUAAAACUAGAGACCUUGCGGUAUACGCGGAAGUCAAAGCCGUGCCUAUGCGCUCAAUACGCAAUAUUACGCGUCACUCCCCUUCUGCAACGUGCAAUUACCUACAGCCUAAUCUAGCAGGCGCUGUUUCGUUGUCGCUGGAGAACGUCUCGACGUCGCCGUAGAUGACGGAGCGCGCGUCAUUUGGGAGGCGAAGUCAUUAGAGGCGCCGGCAAUACGUGCUCGAGAAGUACGGCAAACAAACAAACAAAAAAAAAAGCUGCCGAAGAGGCUCAAUUAGCCUUUGGUCAUAUCACGUACAUAGCGUGGAAACAAUCUUCGUGUAGGAGAAGAAAAAAAUAACAAGUGGUAAGUAAAACAGUGGCGUAAAAUAUCCCGGCAGAUUUGCGCCGGCAUAUAACGUUCGCUGCAGAGCUCACGCAAAAGAGCCUAUAUAAAGAACGCAUCAGGCCGUUCGUACGCUGCUUGUCAUACACGGAAGCAGGUUGGUUUGACGUCUGCAGACAGCGAAUAGAGGGCUAUCGGAGAGCGAUAAAAGAAAACGAAAAAGCUAAAGAGACUUCCUGCAGAGUUUCUGGAUUUAAUCCUGAUUUUCCUGCCGAGGCCAAAUAACCAAGCCAUGUUACGAGCUUGAACUUGCGAGCUGACACGUCGUACGUUGUCGAUUCUAAUGCUUUCUUUUUUAUUUUUGUCUGUGUAUGCAUAUCUAACGACCAAGGAAAGAAUGACGUACUUGGACUGGAAGCUAGAUCGCACAAUAUCGCGGUGUCUGCAUGAUAAUUAUUUUGUUGAUCCGGCGUCCUGGCGUGCCUGGAAUGUAUAGUUUCGUUUUCGGUUUGUGUGCCUGGCCGCCUCAUACGAGUAUAACGAAGAGAAAGAAAGAAGUGUUGCGCGAUCGGGCUAGCCCGAAAAGGAAAUGCAUAUGAACAUUAAAUGUCGGGACGCUUUCUUUCUAAUCAAAUGCGCGUUAAUUGCACGCGACGAAGGAAUUUUAGGAAGGCGGACGCUUGAAUUGAUGAACAGCGCGCGAAAGCAACACCAAAGAAGCCCCUUGCUGCGGCAACGCAAAAUAACUGACACAUCAAAAUCAGCAUGUAUGUUGUCCUUGUUUGAAGUAAAAGCACGGAUGUUGCCUUUCAAUGUGUACACAAUGGGCGGUACGGUUUUUUGCUUACCUGACAGGAGCAUGCCACAGGACCAAUUCUUGCAUUAUACGUGACUUCGCUUGGCAUUGACGAACAAGAGAAACGACCGCUGGGUCAAACGAUGGCGUUCGUUACGAGCGACGCUGCAGUCUUUUUCACUCCCCGGGUUCGGUCGACACAGCCAGGGCUCAAGAAUAUCUCUGUAUUUAGGCGCAUCUCUUUGCUUGACUGUGUUAUUUUUUUUUUUUUCUCUCUCUCUCUCAAUCUACUUUUACCUCUGCCUAUUGUUCCCCGCAGAAACCACUGAUCACAUGUGUCACACUUGAUAGUUUGUUAUUACAGUUGCUUAUAUAAUUUCCUGUUCCGGUACUAAGCGUUACAAACGCAGUCACAUGACCCGAGUACAGUCACGCGCUGUAUUCGCCAUGCACGCGGUGUCCGCAAGGGGGCAUGACUGCAUAGCAUAGGAUAUGUAUACAGCCAAAAGCUACAGCUUUCACUGUGAGCUGUAGCUUUUGCAGCAAUUCGACCUUCUACAUCUCUCGGCGACACGGUCGUUUAUGUUUUUCGUGUCACCUUCGCUUCCGAUACCCAGCCUCAAUUAACCAAUGUCGAAUUUUACUCUAACGUGCUGUCUAUAUGUUGUUACGGUAUGUUUGUUUCGGUGUUUCGUGUGGCCUCCUCGCGGAUUCAAGAAACCGAAGCAACGCUAUACUACCUCUCUCUCUCUAUUUUUGUUUGUUUGUUUGUACACAAAAUGAUACCAUCGUUAUUCGCACGUUACCAUUUAUAUGAACGUUGCCACCAUUCUCCUACGCCGUGCCGCAACACCCUGUAUAUUGAUUUUCUUAUUUGCUCGUGAAUGUUAAUAAACACCCGUGUGAAUACAAGGUGACAAGUAUACAUACUAGACGCUUCGCUUGUAAGUAAUGACCCUCAGUAGAAGGUUGAAGAACUAUUCCGUCAAUAAGAAAGAGAAUAGCGAUACUUUCUUCCUCCGCAGCUUUUAUAUGGUGCUGCAGAGCAAACAAGGAAACCAUACAGGUAUGCACGCGAUUGAGUCAUUACACAUGAAUGAUACUGCGAAUUAGGUCUAUAGAAAGUGCUGCCGCUACAUAAUUAGUUAUAAGUGGCGCUCUGCAUGACUAAUGCAUGAUGUAGAAGGGGCAGUGCUACGGCAUAGAUACGCUGCAGUUACAGCAUUUAUUGAUUGAUUGGAUUGAUUGAUUGAUUGAUUGAUUGAUUGAUUGAUUGAUUGAUUUUAACGCUCCGAACCAAUUCAGUCACCCUGGAUCAUGAGUGACGCAGUAUAGUGAAAAACUGCAGCAACUAACGGUUCUGGAAACAAACCCGCAACCUCGUGUUCAGCAGCAUAACAGCUGCUGCGCAGCCACAGUGAAGCUCAGUAAAUGUGGUUAGAUAUGAUGCUGCUUAAUGAACCAACAUUUACUAGUGGGUGCAAUGAAAUUGUGAAGAUUCUGCCUUCGGUGUUUGUAAAUAGCUAACCACGCUGAAAAUGUUUGUCUGCAUUUCACGUUGGUGCAAUGCUUUCUAGAAUGCAGGUUAAAUCUUUACCGUCUGGCACUCACAGACUAUAUACAUAUAUAGAGUUGUACAUUGAAUAACGUGGCCAGACGUAUACCUUAAAGACAGCGUUGGGUGCGUCUACUUGUGCAAGUUUACAAUUGCAGGUAUCCGAGAAAAGCAGUGCUGUAAACACAUACUACGAACUCAAAGAUUAGAUAACGGAUUGUUUUACGUAACCGCUUGGAACCCUAUACCCGUAGGAGAUCCCGCAUCCCUCCAAUAUUAAAUCUUCAUAAUUACAAUGCGCCUGCUUGAUUAAGCAGAAACUUGUAACCAAGAAGGUUACGUCGCUUACGAAAGUUUAUUAACCAUGGUAGACACAGAGAAAGAAAGAAAAUUUUGUCGCAACCUGGGCUAAAUUUCAAAUUAUUUUUACGCAUAACGCAUACAAUCAAUGAAAACAGCAUUCAACCAUGAAUCAAUAUUUGCAUCUAGUGCACUUUAAGCGUAGCCGACAAAUAUGUCGAAAAAGAUAGGAAAAUAGCGAGGAUCGCGACUUGUCAAGCGUAGGACACGAGGAGAAAGAUACAUCAUCAUUACUGAAAUCACUUUCACGAUCACUCAAGGCACACGGCGUUUCUUCAGCGGUGCGCUAUAUGAACGACAACAAGGUAAUGACAUACGAGGGCUUUGGGCAAGGAGCCUAUAUCUUAUAUCGAGCGCCUACGACCAGAAGCAUACGAGAAAAGAAGCCGUGCCCGCAAGCCCGCAGCCGUAAAUCAUCGGCUGUUGUCCUGCAGUCGGGCGUGUAGUCUAUAUAUAAGGCACGCUGAGGUUUACAUUUACAUAUACGCGCCGCGCGUUUGUCAGAGGGUCCAAUUCAUUUUGCGCGUGUGUGGUUGCGAUUGUGUGCGUUACACGAUCAAAGCGCCCCUUUUCCCAUGCAUGGGAGCGCGAGUCGUUUCUUGUACAGGUUUGACGGAUCGACGUGAGUGCACGUCUAUGCUAUCUGUGUAUAGUCUGUAUACAUGCGCGUUCAGUCUAUUUGCAGGCUUUACUUUUGCUUGUAACGAGAGUUUAUGUAAAAGUCGUUUGUUAUCUAUGACUGUGGUGCUCAGCGAUCUUGUGUCAUUGUUCCACGUGGAAGUGAAUGUAUGCGCCCGCCGUUUCUGUUUUUGUGUGCGGUGCUUUUUGAAUGCUACAGCAUUUUUUUUUUCGUUUGUGCGUUUGAAUCGAUUAUACUUGCAGUGCGAAUAACAUAUACGAACCAGUGGUCGAAUUCACAGGACUUAUCUUUUGUAACAACUGUUUUGUCAGUUACCGUAAAUCUUAUAGCUGAUAACGCUAAUCUCUGCCACGUUCGGGCUGCGUCCGUUGUUACGAACUGCUCCAUAGAGUAAGAAUUGUUUUUGUGAGUGCGUACCCAGAUCGGUUCCUUUGUAAGAACCGGGGAUCCAGUGCCGUGCCGUACCUUUCGGUAUCGGUUGAUACCGGAUUUCUUCGCAGAUUCGAAUUGCAACAGAACUAAGCUAGAGCAGCUGGAUCUGUCCUUGGUUUUGCUAUGUGACCAUCGUUUGUUCCUUUUUAUCUGUGAAACAUUUAACUCCAUGCUAGCGUAAUUAGUGACAGUUAGUUUAGAAACAGCGUCCUACUUAUGUGGUUGUCUUCUUGAAGAAAGAAGUGCAAUCCUUCCUUGGAUCUCUAUCGCAGCUCUACAACUUAUACUAUAGAGCAUGGGCGACUUGGUGAGAGCCCUGCGAUAUCUUGCAGUGCGUUUGUCGCCCCCAUAUUUCUAAACUGCUGCUGCUUUUGUCUUUUGUUGUUCUUUUUUUUCUUCGUUUUGAAAUUCACAAGUGCCGCCAUACCGAGCUUGCAAGAGUAAGAGUUCAGAGGUCCAAGAAUAAUCCUCAAGGGCACUUUUAAGACUUAUUAACUGAGAUAUUGAUAUCGAUUAUUUCGCGUAUCCAGUCGAGAAUCGGUCUAUAUAAUGGUCCGUUUUGACGCUUUACGCCACGGUUUGAAGCAACACGCAGAAUACGAUCGAGUCGUACUCAAAAGUGUGCAUAGUGACAACCCGGCUCUCAAACUUCUAACAUAAAGCAGAUGAAAUGCUCUUAGCAUAAACUAAUUGUUUCAAAUGCUCGUUAAGAAAGACGCACAUGCCGAAAAAAAAAAUGUGCUUGCUGACCUCGUGCCGACUGCCUAUUUUCGGUUUGUUCCGAUACCUGUUUCGAUUCGGUUCGCACCGCUUCGCUUUGAUUCGAUCUGUGUGCUCCUUCGUCUUUGAUUUUUUGUUGGCAAUAUAACCCUUUGGCGGAGUCGCACAAGAUGAAACCGUUCCGAAAUACUAUUUUCUGCACCAGCUGCGAAUGUAAAUAUUGCACGGGCAAACCAUCUACUACAGCCGAAGUUAUCUGUUUCUGACCACAUACGCUGGGAAAGAAGGAAGGAGCGACCGCUUUUUUUCCAAGUGCCUUGUAACUGGCUGCGCAUCUAUCAUUAUAGAGCCUGCUGCUACCCGCUACUUAUCUUUCCUCUUUAUUUUCUUGGGCGUAAAUAAUAUUCUCUCUAAUCGGUUACGAUCUAAGAAUGCAGCGUUACGUACACCGCCGUACAAAUCAAUUAGAAUUUGUAUGGAUGCGCCGUCCAAUUACGCUCCCUCAUUUCGGUAACGUCACGGCGGAUGCGAAGCUCCUUCGAACAGGAACUAUGUUUUCGACAGCGGAAGAACAGAUGGCUUAGGUGCAGUGCGGCUUUGUGGGCGAAGCCUGUGCUGCUACAGUGCCACCGAUCACAGAGCUCGUCUGCUGCGCGUCAUGGCAUGCAGCCUGCUGAUUCAGCCACACCAAGCGUUAUGAACAUAUUAUUAUUAUUUUUUUUUUGCCAUAUCGUACACUUGCACAGCAAUUUCAAUUACUUAGUUAAGCUACUCUUCCGUGUCGGAGGAAUAUACCAAAAAGAUGCAGAUAUGUAAUACUACUCCAUAUAUAAUAAGAAUCGAGACUGUUUUUUACGUCAAUAAGAACAUAGUUAUCGUAGCCAUUGUAGGUACAGUCAGGCUAAUCUGUACACGACGCUUAUAGUCGCUGCAUCUAAAUCGCCCCAGGUGAAAAUUUCCUGUUGGCUUCCUGUUGGUAUUUAACUGAUUCCAGUAGUGCUGGUUUAUUAGCACAUUCCCAGCAGCUACUGGAACCAGCAGCUACUGAGACCAAUAGGUGAUGGAACCAACAGGUGAUGGAACCAGUAGCUGAAACCGAUAGCUGCUGGUCCCAGCACAGGGUUGCAGGCAGCCGGCCGACUCGUUACUCACCGCUAUGGAGAACAUUUCCAAGCAACAAGCUGAUGCCCGCAUGAACUUAAAUGCAUGUUUCGUACACUUUUCAACAAAUUUAGGGUUGAGAAAUAUGAAAUCUUGACAGCUUCGCUUGGCCUCUGGAGGUAAAAUUUUUGUAUGAGGAAGGAAAAAGAGUGCACUGAUUUACAGCGUAAGGUCUAAUAUGUACAUUUGAACAUCAUUCUUGGGUUGUAAUUUCACUAUGCUACGUCCUUCCCUAAAUGGAUCAGUGCACCGAGUUGAAAAGCAGUAAGUUCUUAACUAGAAACAGCUGAUCCUAACUCCAAGAGUGAAUGCUUGGACUAGUUAGUUCGGGUCCAAACAAAACCACUGAGAGCAUUGUUGGAACCAGCUCAAGCCUACUGAAAACCAGCAGGUUACUUGCAGCGUCCCAGGAGAGAACCAGUAUUCUGCUGGAACCAGUACAGAAAACUAGCAAGCACUCAGCUGGAACUAGCAGCAAGCCUGCACGCAGCCUGUCAAGACCAGCAGAAAACCAGUAAGCACCCUGCUGGAACCAUCGGCAAGCCAGCAGGCAGCCCGCUGGGGCCAAUAGAAAAUCAGUAAGCACCUUGCUGGAACCAUCGGCAAGCCAGCAGAAAACCAGCAGGUUACUUGCUGGUUCCAUCAUAAACCAGUACAAACCAGCAGCUCCCAGCAGGAAACCAACAGGAAAUUUUCACCUGGGGUGGCAUAUUCAUAGACAACCCACUGAUAUGCGUAGAAGAGUAGGGAAUCAGUGCCUCCUGCAUAUAUAGGUGCUGUGCACGAAGUUGCUGCGUACGAAGGUGCUGAAUUCUGUCAAAAAUAUUUGGGCCAACUUAGGUGUACUUGUUCUCAUGCUUAACUUUUUCGUAGCAGCCUUCCUGCUGACCGAGAAUUUGCCAUCAUAACUGCUUGUCGGCGAGCAGGUCGUCGUUUCACGAAACAUAACGCGUCCCCGUGAACUUGCUUAUAGCGCCGAGUGCGUUCUUAUUCGCAGGGUUUGGAGACAGCUGUGCAGCCGAACAUUGUGAGGAGAGAACGUGUAGAGCUUUCCGCAGUUCUAACCUCAGCUGCUAUCCUUCUUCCAAGAAGUACAGUGCGACAGGGUCUAAUGAUCCGUGGAUUCUCGAAUAAUAAACGCUUUAGAAAUGUUCAAGACGCCCGUACAUAGGCAGGUGUUGUUCAUACAUGUGUUGUUCAAUAAUUAAUUACAGUCAGCGCGAAAUGCACUCUGCUCAGGUGACCGAGCACAUUCAUUACUGCAGCUCUUUCACUCUGCAAGAGAAGGUGGUCGCGCACAGCCGUUCGCACAUAACUGCACGUAACUUGCCGUCACUCACGACAGGAAUAUCAGCCAUGAUUAAUAUAACGAACGACAAAAAUGUUUGUACAUAUUAAGCGCGGUAACUAUGGCUUGUCAUACUUUCCUUUCUCUAGAGGCCAUAAAGAUAAGUUCGGCUUCGUUUAUUUCCCAAACGCCGGGGACAUAGCAUAACUGAAAUGUUGGAGGUCAUUCGAUUGAUAUCCUAAUGAAUCCGUUUCUUCCGCGAAGCUGUAUAUACCUGUACGCCAAUUUGUUCAAAUUGUCCUCGAAAGAUUCAGUCGUGCGUAGCGGAGGCUUCUGUGAAGGAAGCUGUUUACGGAGACAAUUCCCACAUAUGGUAUAGACAAUGAAAAAGACCAUGACUAUAGUAAAACUCCUGCACUCUCUAAAAAAAAAUUUUUUUUCUCAUGAUUUCUCAAUCAUUAUUUUUUCGUGAAAAAAUGCAUAUACGGCCUUCGACAUUUUUAGUAAGCCCCGCGCCCAGAUUCUGCAAAAAACCUGUAAUUCUGCCUCGUGCGCCUCUUUACGUACCGCGACACUCCUACAAAUUAUAUGCAGUGACGUGCAAUCCGCGGCUUUCCUAAUCAUCUGGUGACUUGCAGUACGGCUACAUGAUCCGGUAUAUAGUUUUUUUUUUUUCUAAGUACACGAACCCUUGUUAGUAGGAGCCGAAGGUAAGUAACCGUAGGCACGAUGUUCCGACUUCGGACUACCAUGAGUACUGAAAAGGCGUGCCUAUUGGCACUUAUGCGCAUCCCUUUGUCAGUAACGCACGAAACGACUGAGGCAUUACAUGUAAUAUGCCAACGCCUAUGCAAACACGUGUUUAAGCUCCACUACUUGCUGCUAAAGCCCACCGUGGCAUACAUAGAUGUUAUUCUACUUGUUAUUGUUAUGACGACCUGCGCAUGACGCAGGAAUUUCAAGUCGUUUCUGCAGCACCAGUGACCAGAGCAUUCGUUUUCAUGACGUAUGUGCAACGUGUCAGCUUCCUUGACACUCUUCGAUACAUGAAAUCGAUGCUAUAUUUUUCUGUACUCCUGGAUCACACCCAUGCAGAACAUUGUGUGCGAUAUGCUUGUGUUCUGAGACCAGAUUAAGACCUUUAAUGUUCCUUUUUUAUAUGUGUGUGUGUGUGUGUGUGUGUGUACGAGUAAAACAUUUCUGUGCAGUCUAAGUGAUGCAACUUGUGUAUUCUUAAACUACCAGCAAGAGUGUACUGUGAAAUUACCGUUGCGAAUUCGAUGUGUUCAAAGCAUAUCCUUGCCCAAAGGGGCGCUAAUUAGGCAGUGCGUUGUCUUCGUUUACAGUGACGUCAUCUUGUACAGCUAUGAAGACAUGCGUUUGCCGCUGCACAAUGCUUUUCUUUUUCUGUACAAUGGGCUAUACUAACAAAAAAACUGCAUCCACAAGCGUUCAGAGCGUGUCUAAGUCAGCGUGCGUUGCCCUGUUUUCCUUCUAACGCACUGCCAUUUUUGUCAUUGUGUACCGGCGAAAUAAGAUGGAAACAUUUUUUAUGCCCGUGCCGUACAGACAUCAGUAACGCUACGUAUAUAGCGGUGUUCAAUAAUUAUGAUGCCUCAACUAUCGUUGAGCAAUCUGAAAUGCUUUGUAUACUUUCUGUACUCUCUCGACUUCUGAAAUUGCUCCAUCGCGCUGUUUGUGCAUGACGUCACUCGACGUAAUAGCAUACCGUCAAUUUUCGUCACUGGUAUGUUUUUCGAAUGGUGUGACUAUAUAUGAAGUUGCUGGUUUACCUCUCCACGAGAGGUGUACUUGAGAAGUUUCAAGUACAGAAACUUUAUUAAUUGGAGGCGCUAGACGUCAACGGCAACAUUUGUAAUGCCGCGAUGUAUUACUAGCGACAAAAGGGCUAGGCGAAGUAACUGAGCGGUAAAAUAGUGGAAUACAGUAGUUCGCAAGCAUAAACGAGGAAAUCUUUCUUUUCGCUUUGUAUAUUGCCGACGCUGUCGCUCUUCACGCUUCAUAUACAUAUAGUAGAGGUAAGUCAAAUGAAUGUGAAGCCAGCUGGUUCCACUUUGUUCGCUGCGAUGGUGCUGUCGACGAUGCGAUGAAAAGUUUAAUAAAGUUUUGACAUAUCAUGUUGUCCGUU